AUGAAGCAUGGCCUCCUGUGCUUGCUGGGUCUUGCUGGAUCUGCGGCUUUGAAGACAGUCGCGGACAGUGAAUCUGCCUUCUGCGACUUGGAAUGCGUGGGCGCCCCCUUGAAAGGCAAGCGCUGUGACGAGCUCUCACUGGAUGAGUGCAAGAACUAUUACAGGCCUAUGUCAGCAGGGCGCAACGUUCAAUGCGGCGUCGCUGACAAUGACCAGUGCCUUGCCCUUGGCAAAGGCGGCAAGUACUGCAAGCAGCGCCAAUGCGCCAAGGGCAAGAUGGGUGGCGGCGACGUCCAGAGCAUCGGCGGUGGUGGUUGGUGCCUUGUACGGUCGGUGUCCACUGGCGAUGUGUGGUUCCCGGACACGGAUCAGCUUACAGAGUUCGAAAGUGAUGAUUUUGUAGACUUCAUGUUUGCCACGGGUGACCUGAAGAAAUGGAUGGUGAUGGCAAAGGACCAAGUGUAUGGCACAUACAACAACGGAGAGCGGGACAUCAAGAGCUCGUGGCAAAACGCGGGCCCCCACAAGGCCCGAAUGUAUAGGCGACGUGGUCACAACGAAGACCCGUGGAUCAGCGACACCGACCAUGGCACUGCCGUGAGGAAUGAUGAUAGUAACGCCGUGCUCUAUGGUGAGAACAACUUCAAGAGCAACAGGCAUGCCUACAACGUCCGCCACCAUGACGGAGCUGCUGUGUACAUCCGCUAUGGGUGA